AUGUCCCAGACGUCAUCGACAUCUAAAUCAAUACAAUCGACAAGUUCUUUCUUUCGUUGUUCAGCUGCCAAUGACUUUGCUGGCAAUACGUUUUUUUUUUCCUUCCAUGCUCCGACUUGCUUACCGUCUUUCUUCAUUCGGACUUUUUCUUCUUUUCUUUCUUCAUCAACAUUUCAUAUAUUAAAUUUUAAUCCUCUUACUUUCUGGCAGUCGUUUUGUCUCCUUCUCUCUCUCUCUCACUCUCUCUCUCUCUUUCUCUCUCUCUCUCUCUCUCUCUGUCUUUUUGCGGAAUUUAUUUCUCUGAUACAGUCUUUCUUUUUUGUUUUCAUUCAUUCUUUAUUUCUUCGACCGCCCUGUCUUUCCUUUCUUUGCCGUGUCCAUUUUUGUUUGUUUGUUUGUUUCUUUCUUUCUUUCUUUCUUUUUUCUUUGUUUCUCGCGUCCUGGCUUUCCUUUCUUUGUUGUGUCCCCUUUCUUUUUCUUUCUUUCUUCCUUUUCUUUCUUUCUUUCUUUCAAUCUUUCUUUCUUUCGUUCUUUCAUUCUUUCAAUCCUUCUUUCAUUCAUUCUUUUUUUCUUUCUUUUUUUCUUUCUCGCGUCCUGGCUUUGCUUUCUUUGUUGUGUCCUCUUUUUCUUUCUUUCUUUCUUUCUUUCUUUCUUUCUUUCUUUCUUUCUUUCUUUCUUUCUUUCUUUCUUUCUUUCUUUCUUUCUCGCGUCCUGGCUUUGCUUUCUUUGUUGUGUCCUCUUUUUCUUUCUUUCUUUCUUUCUUUCUUUCUUUUUUUCUUUCUUUCUUUCUUUCUUUCUUUCUUUCUUUCUUUCUUUCUUUAUCGUGCCCUGUCCUUCUUUCUGUGUGAUGUCCUCUUUCUUUCCUUUUUCUUUCUUUCUUUUUCUUUCUUUCUUUCUUUCUUUCUUUCUUUCUUUCUUUCUUUCUUUCUUUCUACGAUACGGUCAUUCAUUCUUUCUUUCUGUCCUUCUUUCUUUUUUUCUUGUUACGCUUCGGUCUCUCUUUCACUGACAUGCUUUGACUUGCCGGUUUUUCUCUCUUGCUGCCUUUCCCUCUUUCUUUCUUUCUUUCUUUCCGUGUUUCUUUCUUGUUGCCUUUCACUCUUUCUUUCUUGCUGCCUUUCCCUCUUUCUUUUUUUUUUCUUUCUGCUAUUCUGUGUUUCUUUCUUGUUGCCUUUCUCUUUCUUUCUUUCUUUCUUUCUUUCUUUCUUUCUUUCUGUGUUUCUUUCUUGUUGCCAUUCUCUCUUUCUUUCUUGCUGCCUUUCCCUCUUUCUUUCUUUCUGUCAUUCCCUCUUUCUUUCUUGCUGCCUUUCUCUCUUUCUUUCUUUCUGCCUUUCUCUCUUUCUUUCUUGCUGCUUUUCCCUCUUUCUUUCUUUCUUUCUUUCUGCGUUUCUUUCUUGUUGCCUUUCUCUCUUUCUUUCUUGCUGCCUCUUCCUCUUUCUUUCUUUCUUUCUGCCUUUCCAUCUUUCUUUCUUGUUGCCUUUCCCUCUUUCUUUCUUUCUUUCUUUCUUUCUUUCUUUCUUUCUCUCUUUCUGUAUUGCUGCCUUUCUCUCUUUCUUUCUUUCUUUCUUUCUCUCUUUCGUUAUUGAUGCUUCUCAGUCUUCAGGUUUUGCUUGUUUACUGUCUUUCUUUCUUACGUAUUGA